GCGGCCGUGCGCGGCAACAUGGCGCCGCCGCCUCCGCCCGCGCCCUGGGGCGCCGCUACCGCCGCCCUCCCCGCACGGCCCGGGCACCCGGGCGGGGCUUGCGCUCCCCUCGCCUCUCCAUGGCGCCGGCAAGAACCCCUGUGCCCCUUCAGGGCUUUUCCCCGGCUCCUCGCUGAGCUUCGCCCUCGGUAACCUCGCCUCAGGGCGCGCCGCGGCUCGGCACACCCCGCGGGCGGAGCUCGCCGCAUCCUCGGGGAUCGCCGGGAAAGCCGCACAGUUGCACCAGCAAAUAUGCUCCCUGCAAAGACGUUCCCAGCACAGCAAAGUGUGGGAGACGCUGACGUUGUCACUCUGAGGCUGAAGACAGUCCCAUCUCUCCUGCCUGGUGUUGUUGAGAAAUACCCUUUACUUGCUUACAUAGAGAACUAAGAGGAGGCCAUAGGGAUUUCAUGAGAAGGUAGAUACCUCAACAUGAAUUGGUAAAUAUUGUGUGAAACACUAUCUGAAAUGGGAUUUGAGAAAAGCUAAUGGAAAGGCUUUAAUUGAUUGCCCAAGAUGUUUGCAAAAGCAACAAAGAAUUUUGUGAGAGAAACUGACAGUGGAGGUGACUUGAUCCCCGUCUCCCACUUGAGCGCCUCAGACAAGCUGCAGCUUCUGAGCUUAGUUACAAAGAGGAAAAAAUUCUGGUGCUGGCAGAAGCCUAAGUAUCAUUUCUUGACAGUCACCCUGAGUGAUGUGCUUACUGAAGACAAACCGAUAAAACCAGUAAUUGUGGAGUCUGACUUUGCAAAAUAUAUGGGGAAGUUUGGAGAUCUUGUUCAAGGAAGUAUUGGAACUUCGUUUGGGAACAUCAGCCUGGGAGCUGGAGGGAAGAGCUAUGUGGAAAACCAGUCCUCAUUUGGAAACCUGAGGAAGCAGGAGAUUGACUUGCAGCAGCUUAUGAAAGAUGUCAAGGACAGAACAAUAAAUCUAAACAGUAGUUUACUGCAGCAAGUAAUAGAAAGAAAACAUGAAGUGCUGUGCAUCUUGAGAGAAAAGAUAAUAACAACUCAGAAGUGUACGAUAUCUGAACAUAUCCAGAUAGAAGAAAAAAUCAGCAGUGUGAUUGGAUGCGGUAGAAAAACAGUAAAGGUUUCAGUGGGUGAAAGUGGAAGUAUGAUGAAGGAUUCUAGUGUGAUUCUUGAAAUUCCUCCUGCAACCACUAUUGCCUACAGUGUAAUUGAACUGUUUAUAAAGAACAGUGGCCAGUUUGAAUUCUGUCUGCUGGAUGAACAGCAAGGAGGUUUUGAAAAAGAAAGCACAGAAGGCUCGAGUUAUCCCCAUUCAACGCUAUUCAGAGAUACUUCCUUUCUCUAUCAGCCAGAUGCUGUUGAUAAUGAGAUGUACUCUGGGGCUAAAAACCUCAUUCCCAGUGGUGCUUCUUUAAGUGUAUUGAAACAAGAUCUGUCACGGUUGAAGACUCAGUUCCAGCCCUUUGUGAAGCUGCCGGAAGACAAGCAAAGAGCUUUAUAUAAAACCCUUUGUGAACUCUUGCUCCAUGAAGAAGUGGUGACUGCCCUGGAGGAUGUGUUAGAUGAUAUCUGCACAGGAGACAAGCCAGAUCUGGAGGAGUUAAAACCCGCACAACAGCGAGACCUCAUGGACUUCUUGCAGCUCUUAGGAUGCAGUUCCCAGAGUGAGCUGUUGUUGCAGAACUAUCACCCUCAUGAUGAAGAACUCUUUUCAGCUGCUCACCUCCUCAUCGGAGCUAUCUCUGAGCUGUCGGAUUACACUCUUGUCCUGCUGCGUGCCUGCUGUGAUCUACAGGUUGUUCCGGCUUUGUGUUGUUUGCCUAACAUCGCUUCAGCCGACGGCACCGUGGUGCUGAGCAGUUCUUUGGCGGCUCUCAGUGACAGAGGAAGAUUUGAUGUCGUGCAAAGGCUGUUUGCUUCAUCAAACAUUAAUUUGGAAAUGACAGAGUCUUCUGUAAAAGCUGUAACUAUGAAGGAACCUAGAUUCUUCCCACUUAUUCUUUAUGUUGCAUUGUAUGGAUUUCAUGCUUUAGGUGCGAACAUAUAGGAGCCUUGCCGAGCAUCCGGUUAUUGCUCUAAGCCUGCUCUUUCUUUUGUCCCUCUGCAGUGUAGCGUUGGUGUGUUUGAGGUAGCAGUAGAGCCACUCAGUUGAGUAUUUACGGCAGUUGUGGAGGUCAGGGGGACUCGGCAGGCCUGGGGUGAGCACUCUGCACUGCCAUCAGGUGUGCUGCUGCGCUGCAGAUUCACUAGGGUGGAUCUGUUGUGGAAAAUCCAUAAAUAAGGCAUGAAGGGGAGGAAGGGGGAAAAAAAAUCCCAAGCCUGGAACAGAAAUUGAACAUAGCUGUUCUGGUAGUUUUCAGAUCUGCAGGGCAGUAGAAGCCUGAUGGCUUGCAUUAAUAUGCGUGGGAGAAAACUGCAAAGUACAAACUGCUUUUUGUAAGCAAGCAGACAAACUGGCUGUGGAAAUCCAGGGUUCUGCAGCGCGGUAAAUGUUUUGCUUGUUUUAAGAUGCUGUGCAGAGUGCCUUCACUCUGGAGCAAGUGGAAUGGAGGGCUCUCAAAGAGGUACUGGAUUAGGUUUUCAUUUAUUAAGUGUAGUUGGGCUUUAGGGAUGUGAACUGCACACUGCAGGAAAUAAAAUACCCUCUUGUUCAAAAACUAAGACCACCGUAGGGAUUUAUGCCUCUGUACAGCAUUUCUAUGUUCUUUCUCUUUAAGUUUUUACUCACCUUAGCAAGUUUCAGCUGUUUAAAUUGCAUUCUGAACGUUCUCUUUGAGGUACGGUGAUGCCUUUUGGUGUGUGCACACGAAAUGUCCUUGCUGCACUCCACGAAAAUAAUAAUUUUACCCAUAUGACACUUUGAAUGCAGAUGUUUUGCUUGUUUCCUUGACUGAGAGCAAAGUGUUGGUAAAGCACUUUGUGCUUUGAACUGCUUUGCCCCCUUUUUUUUUAUUGUAAUUUUUUGUAAUCAUGUGGAUGGGACAGAAAUGCAGCAGAGAUCACUGUACAUACGGGCUUGGGAAGAUGAUGUUCCAGGUAAGUUGGAAUAUCAGUGGUUUCAGAUAAGAUUGUGAGAUGGCUGACAGGCAAACGAGCAGGCACCUUGGGGGGGAUGUCUGUCCAGGGGGUGAUCACUAACCGCCUUCACUAGUGGGCAGGAGUCCUGGGUUCAGUUUUCUGCUCUGUUCCCUCAUGGUCUUGAGCAGGUUGUCUAUGAGGUCUUCAAAACCUCGUGACAGUUAAGCUUUCCCUGCGGAAGUGGGCUUUGCGGAAAAGCCCCGUGGUACCUUGAGGGCGCAGGAGAGCCUUGCACACUGAGCUGAUGGUGCUUCUGCGUCUCCUCUGUUAAACAAAGGUGAUGGUGUUGCCUGAACCUUGCACUGGUGUACAUGGAAAUGUCCUUUAGGAGGAGGGAAGCUUGUUACUCUGCUUCUGGGAGUGAUGCCUGUUUGUAAAUGGGAAUCAUUUGCCAAUCACUACACUUACACUUAGUUGCCUCUGUAACUAACUAAUUUAUCAAAACUUUCUAUUAAAUGUUAUGUCAAAACAAUAGAAUAACUUAUAACCUCA